CAAGAUGUUAUCGCCAAGCUGGAUAAACUGUCUGUGCUUAGGCUUAGCGUCAGUUACCUGAGAGCCAAAAGUUUCUUUGAUGGCAUUAAAUGGCUUUGUACUGGUUGUUACAUCAGAUGCUCUGGUCUUUUAUGUCUCUUCAACCAUCCAGGACUAUCUGGGGUUCCAGCAAUCUGAUAUUAUACACCAGAGUGUGUUUGAAUUGAUUCAUACAGAAGACAGGCCUGAAUUUCAACGUCAGCUUCAUUGGGCAUUAAAUCCUGCUCAAUCUACAGAUUCUGCACAAAGAGUGCAAGCAGAUAAUGGCUUUUCACAGCCAGCAGCCUAUUAUAACCCAGAGCAGCUUCCUCCAGAGAAUUCUUCCUUUAUGGAAAGAAAUUUCAUCUGCAGAUUACGGUGCCUCCUAGAUAAUUCAUCUGGGUUUCUGGCCAUGAAUUUUCAAGGGCGAUUAAAAUUUCUUCAUGGACAGAACAAGAAGGGGAAGGAUGGUUCUACUCUGUCUCCUCAGCUGGCUUUGUUUGCUGUAGCUACCCCACUGCAGCCUCCAUCCAUCCUUGAGAUACGAACCAAAAACUUCAUCUUCAGAACUAAACACAAGCUGGACUUCACGCCUACAGGCUGUGAUGCAAAAGGGAAAAUUGUUCUGGGAUAUACUGAAGCAGAGUUGUGCAUGAGAGGAACAGGUUAUCAGUUUGUUCAUGCAGCUGAUAUGCUUUAUUGUGCUGAGAAUCAUGUCCGAAUGAUAAAAACUGGAGAGAGUGGCAUGACAGUGUUUAGACUUCUUACCAAAGAAAAUCGAUGGGCCUGGGUACAGGCAAAUGCACGCCUUGUCUACAAAAAUGGAAGACCGGAUUACAUCAUAGCAACACAGAGGCCUCUUACAGAUGAAGAAGGAGCAGAGCAUCUACGGAAGCGAAACAUGAAAUUGCCAUUCAUGUUUGCCACUGGUGAGGCUGUGUUGUAUGAGGUAACUUUCCCAGUGCCAGGCCUAAUGGAUCCUUCUCAGGCAAAGAUGAAAAGUGCCAGUGGGAAAGGAGCUGCUGCCAAAGCUACACUACACAAAGAAUCUGUUGAUCCCAAAUCACUGCUGGGUGCCAUGCUAAGGCAAGACGAGUCUGUGUAUCUCUGCCCUCCGGCAUCAAAUAAGCUUUCCUUUGAGAGAAGCUUCCUUACAGAUGCCAGGGACGAAUUGGGCAAUGUUAUCAGCAGCAGCUGGCAGGAUAAUCUCUUACCAGUUGGAAAUAACAUUCUGAAGCAGGAGCUAACUGAGUGCCCCCAAGAAAGCAGCUUCAUACUGCCUGAAGACAGUGCAGAGCUCUUUCAAGAUAACAAAAACAGUGAUUUGUACAGCAUCAUGAAAAGUCUGGGUAUUGAUUUUGAAGAUAUAAAAUGCAUUCAGCAGGACGAGGAGUUUUUAAAAACAGAAUUUUCUGGUGUGGAUGAUAUUGGAGACAUAGACAUAACUGAUGAAAUCCUGACAUAUGUUCAAGAUUCCCUAAAUAAUAAAGCUGACUUCUUAUAUUCAGGUUGCCAUCAGCAACAGCCCAUGGUUCAGAAUGCCAGCUGCUUGGUACAGCAAGAGUUUGACCAGCAACAACUUCAUCAGUACCAGAAACAAAUGGUAGAACAGCAUCAGCAGCAACUAUGUCAGAAAAUGAAGCACAUGCAGGUCAAUGGGAUGUUCUCAAAUUGGAAUUCUGCCAGUAGUGUACCUCUUGGCUGUUCACAACAGCCAGAGCAAUAUGCAUUUUCCAGCACCCAUGGAACUACACAAGAGUGCACUUACAAAUCGGAAGUCAGCGUUGCACCUUAUGCAUGUAGACAAGAGUUUAUUCCUUACAAGCAACCCACAGGCAUGGCACCACAGCUUUCUGAUUUUACUCAAAUAGACUUCCCUGUAGGAAGCUUUGAUGGAUCAACCUAUCCUGCUUCUUCCAGCUUGGAAGGUUUUCUCAAUUGUUUGCAGCACAUCCCUGAGAAUCAAGGGUGUGGAAUAAAUUCUGAACCAGUUAUGCUGACUCCUCAAACAUGUUAUGCAGGUGCUGUGUCUAUGUACCAGUGCCCACCAGAAACUCAACCCAACUGUAUGGAUCAAAUGCAGUAUAAUCCUAUGAUGGCAAGUCAACAAGCAUUGUUACACAAGUUCCAAAACGGUUUCAAUGGAGGAAAUUUAACUGAAGCAUAUCCCCCUCAAUUAAAUGUGAUCAGUAACACACAGACUACUGCACACCUUCAGCCUCUUCAUCAUCCCACAGAACCCAGGCCCUUCUCAGACUUGGCAUCCAGUGGAUUUAUGUAAUUUAGAGCUAAUUGACCUAUUUGUUGUUUUGUAUUGGUGGAAGAUUGAAUUGUGAAGAAGAAUGUCAUCAGGCUAAAGAAGUUGGGCUUUAAAGAUUAAAAUACAUAUUGAGAGGUUGUGGUUGGUUGCACUAUCUGCCACUUGGAUAGGUAAUCCAAGACCUACCAUUCUGAGGGUGGGAAUUAGAAUUAUAAUUUGUCUAAAAGUGAACAUGCGCUGAUUUCCAUCAGACUGAAAAUGUGUGUUACAAUAUGGAUUACAUAUGUAGGACGUGUAGGACGUACUACAUCAUGUUGUAGAACAUAAGAUAAGGCAAAUGGUUUUAUUGUUAAGAAAAAAAAUUGGGCACUUUGACAAUGUUAUUUGUAAUGGCAAGGAGAAAACCUUUUCACACUUGAAUUUUUUUCAGACUUUAUUUUAAAAAAGUUAAAAAGCUCUAAAUCUACAAGCAUCAAAAGCAGUUACUUUUAUUGCAUACUAAGCUCUUUAAUUGCUUAUUUGAUAUUUUAACUUCUUUUGGUUUAGGUCUCCAGUUCUAGCACUUUAAUAAAAGCAUAAUUCAAGGGUAUGAUAUGCAGUUUUAGGUUUUAUAUAAAACAGAUCCAUUGCAUUCCUUUACUGUCAACCUCAAGUGCCUCACAACUUGGCUACCUUGUUUCUCAAAGGAGCUUGUUUCUGAAAAAUAUUCACCAUAAAUUAAUUAGCCAUAUUCCGUGAACUUUUAGGUAACAUCUACAGUGCUACUCGCUGCUUGUUUUUUUCCCAAUACAUCUUUUAGUAAAUUCAACUUAAGUUUGUGUCUGCAGAAGUUUUAAACCAUUAUCUAGAGUUUUUAAUGUUCUGAAUUGAGUUCAUCUAAGGGUUCCUUAUUCUAUGUUAUCGUUUUGCUUUCUUCAGGUAAACAGGGUUAGAAAAGAAGCAGAUUUGGGGGAGGGAGGGAAUUGUGGGUUCAAAGGUGGGGGAUGAUUUCUCAGGAUUAGUUUUAGAAUAUUAAUGCUGAAAAACAUGUGCCUUAUCUUGUGUUAAAACACUUAAAUGUUCUUUACAAAUAAUACAAAGCUGCUCUAUGCAAAUACUUUCAUUAAAAUGGAUAUUAAAAAGGGUUACAUUUUAAAUCAAGGGAAAGGAACUCUUAAUAGCAAACAAUAGUGAGGCUUACUUUUGUGUUUAAAAAAAAAAAAAUGUACUCCACGUCACAUUUUGAUUGGCUGCAAUUUUUAACCAUCUCAGUGGGGAAGAGGUCUGCUGUUUUAAUGUCCCUGAUAAAUUGCACUCUUAGAGAAAGAAGCUAUCCUUUUUAUGUAUGUAAACCCAUUUUUAAAGUUUUUUGCGCAAAAUACAUAAUCAAAAAUAUUUUAGUUCAGGUUUUAGUGAGAUAUCCUUGUAAUUAAAGGAUUUUUGUAAUUUUUGUUUUCAAAAAAGCAGAAAACUUUUUUUAUCUGAGGAUUGUUAGAAUUGUUGACACCAAUGUUUGGUGCAAAAUACUAGUCUAAGUGAGAUAUAAAAAUGUGUUUAUGUUCAAAUUAUUGCGUACUCGAAUGCUGUAUAGUUCAUAUAUAACAAAGAUGUCAUUUGUAAAAUAUUUUAAACCAGUUAAUUUUAAAGUGUUACAUCAUUAUAUAUAAAGAAAAAUGUUUAUUAAGUUUGGUAUAUAUAAUAUAAAUGGUGUUGUAGACAGUUUGUUAAAAAGGAGAAAAAGAGCUCCAUCUAGGUUGGUGUUCAUAUUGUUUAAUACAAGGACAGUAACUGAAAAUUUGAAAUCAUUCUUCUUUAAAAUAGGCUUUCCAUGAGGGAAAAUGUAUUUAAUGUGAUCUGCUAGACCAAAUUUCAGUUUGUCACAGAACUUUCGGGUGUAAGACUUUACCAGUUCUUUUACUCAGUGUUACUAAAUGUGAAAUUUCUUCAAAAAACUGUAUUAAUAAACAGCUGUUAUUCAGGAAAACCCAUUAAGUGGCUUAUAACAGGAGAGUCAGUUCCUUAAAAUGUGUCAGACUUCUUGUUUUCAGUAAAAGACAUCACUAGAAGUUUUGAACUAGCACCUGGACCCAUAUCAUAUUUUAACAUUUGAGUUUUUUAUUUAUUUAAGGUCUUGUUUUAAACUAGUAUAUGAAGCAUCUUCUAGUCAGUGUGCCAUUUAAGAGUGGAUUUGAUGAUUAUAUAAAUACUGUAAAACUAAAAGGUUCAAAGGGAUAAUGUAGAUUUUACAUCAAUAGAAAUAUCUUGUUUAUCAGUUUAGUUAAACCAAAUACUUGUUGUCCUAUCACUAAGUGCCAAGGAAGCAGUACUGCUAGUUUACUGCCUUACUGCAAACAAGUUAGGUUUGUUAUAUGCAUAAUAUCAGCUUAUUUUCUGUGUUACCUAUGCCUACAACAAAACUGCGAUUACUAGUGCACUCUAGAUCUGCACCAAACCAUUGUUAAAGUGCACAGGCAUUUUUAAUGUGUUUUUAGCCCUCCAGCUCUGUUAUAAGUAAGAUUAUAACUCAGUGUUAAUCAGUAUUACUAUCCAGUUUUGUAAAAGUUUUCCGAAUUUGUUUUUUUCUGUCCUGUUCUUAUCUGUAAUUUGCUAUGCCUGCAAAUGUCAUGCAAUACAUUUCUUGUGCUAGAGUAUGGCUUUGUAGUGCUCUUGCUGAAUUUCAGGAAAGUUUGUAAAACAAAAUAUAUGGUAAUAAAAUAAUCACUUGAAUGUA